CCGAGCCGCUUGCAAACGAGCAGGGUUUUUGGGGGGUCUGCUUUAUUUUUAAGGGGGAAGCGGUCGGAAGGUGGCGGCGGGGGCCCGUCUCCGGCCGCGCGUAUGCGGAGGGGGCUCUCCGCGCCCUCGCCCUGCCCGCGGUGCAGUUAAGAUGCGCCCCGGACGCCGUGCGGUUGCAGCGCCGCGGCGCUGACAUCUCUCACCAUGGACAGCUUCGACUUAGCUCUCCUUCAGGAGUGGGACCUGGACUCUCUGUGUGUCUAUGAGCCAGAUAGAAAUGUGCUGCGAAGGAAAGAAUGGGAAAGGAGAAAUCAGGAGGCCCAGCAGGAGGAUGGAGCAUUUAACACGAGUUACUCCCUCUUCAGUGAACCAUACAAGACUAACAAGGGGGAUGAGCUCUCGAAUCGCAUCCAGAAUACACUGGGCAACUAUGAUGAAAUGAAAGACUUGUUAACUGACCGAUCAAACCAGAGCCACCUUGUUGGGGUUCCAAAAUCUGGGAUUCCUCAGAUGUCUCUCCCCAAGCCUGAUGAACAUCUUACGGCAGACUCGAGACCGCCGCCUCCUCCUCCCAUUUCCAGCACUACUUCUUCCACACCAGCAGUCCUAUCUGCCCAGCAAAGCAAAAGCACCACAAUGGGUUGGCAGAAGGCUGGGCACAGUGCCCCUUCAGAUGGCCAGCAGAGAGGAAGCAAGCAUGGGCACCGGUCGCUGGAGUCACACAAGAGUGACUUCAAACUUGCGAACCCAAAAUCCAGUCUGGAUAAACUAAAACGCUAUGCAUCGAGUCCCACUUCCUCCUCCUCCUCCUCCAAUGCUUCCCAGCAAAGCUCACUGAGGGCCACACUAGGAGACAACGUCAACAGGUUGCAGCAGCCAGCAAAGCUCAAUUGUAGCUCAGAAGGAGGAGCUCAAGUGCAAGAAAGGCCAGCAAAACAUGGUGGCGGCCACUGCGUCCAAAACUUCCCACCCUCUCUUGCUUCAAAGCCCAGUCUGGUUCAGCAGAAACCAACAGCUUAUGUAAGGCCAAUGGACGGUCAAGAUCAGGCUCCUGAUGAGUCUCCAAAGCUGAAGUUACAAGCAGAGACAACCAAGUCGUAUAGGGGAGUGCCUUCUAACAAGCCUGAUUCAGCCAGGACCAAGUCAAAAACAGCCAAGUGCAACAUUCCUAAGCAAGAAGGGGACAGUGGAGCUGGGGAUAACAGCUGCGUUGAAGAAAUAUUGCGGGAGAUGACCCAUUCAUGGCCUGCUCCACUGUCAGCUAUUCACACACCAGGAAAGGCAGAACAAAGCAAAUUUUCCUUCCCAAACAAGGAGUCACAACAGGGAUCUACAGGACACAGCAAUACAAGGAAAAGUGAUGUAGAACCAAAGAGUCCAGAGAAAAGCGCAACCCAUACAUCAAUGCUAGAAGAUGACCUCAAGUUAAGCAGCGAUGAAGAAGAGAAUAACCAGCAGGCAGCACAGAGAUCUGCUCUCCGCGUUCUAUCUGACAGCCUGGUGGUGCCGCAGUCCAACGCCCGAGCCUCGGGACUCUCCAGCAAGGGGUCAAGCAGCAGCAGCUCCAGUGAAUCCGAGACCAGCUCAGAGUCUGACUCAGAGAGCGAAAGCAGCUCCAGUGAGAGUGACGGCAGCAAGCCCUCCCAUUACUCCAGUCCAGAGCCCGAGCCACCCUCAUCCAACAAGUGGCAGCUGGACAAGUGGCUGAAUAAAGUCACCCCACACAAAGCACCCAUCCUGACCCACCAUGACGGCCCAGCGCUGGAGGCCCAUCCUUACUACAAUCGUGUGAAGGCAGAGCAGCAGGAAAGCGAGAAGACCCCAGCCACCGGCCCAGCCGAGCACCGCAGCGGGGAGGUCCGUGCCACCACCACCACCGCCGCCACCACCACCGGGGACGGACCGCGGCCCAGGACCGCCAACAAAGCACCGGGCAGCAAGGGCAGCCGGCAAAAGUCACCCCCUGCGGCCGACGGUGGGCCUGCAAGGCGGGCGGCGGGGAAGAAGGCACCGCGGCGGGCCGAGAGGACCUCUGCCGGCGACGGCCCCCACUGCCCCAGCGCGGAGGAGCCCCCCGGGAGCCACAGCUUUGUGGAGAGCACUGCUGGCGAGGCACCGAGGGCCCGGCCUGGCACCAGCAGCACCAACAACAGUGGCUGCAGAGCGGGGCACCGCCGGGAGCCCCGCCCGGCUGCAACCAGCGAGAAGCGCCGGGCGCGGGGGCCAAGCAAAACGGCGCCCAAGUCCAAGGAGUUCAUCGAGACCGAGUCUUCAUCCUCAUCAUCCUCCUCUGACUCGGGCUCCGAGUCGGAGCGGGAGGAGCGCCCGCUGCCCAAGGUGCCCGUGGCAGCCGGGUCCGAGCCGCGCACCAAGGACGCGGGGACCAGCGCCGCCAGCAAACCCCAUGGUGGCUGCAGUGCCUUUGGCUCCAUUAAUGCCAGGACUAGUAGUGAAAUAGCAAAGGAGCUGGAGGACCAGUUUUACACCCUGGUUCCUUUCGGUAGGAAUGAGCUCCUGUCUCCUCUGAAAGACAGUGAUGAGGUAAAGUCACUGUGGGUCAACAUUGACUUGGCUCUUUUGUCCAGGAUUCCAGAGCGUUUGCCUGAAGAGCCACUGGCCAUGAGCGCUGGAGCAAACCAGGCGGCCAGCCUCCCGCAGGGUAGUAGUGCUGACCCCCCCGCAGAGAAGGGUUUACCGAAAUCUAGAAGGAAACGCAAGUGUGAGAAUGAGGAAGAGUGCAGAGACAUCAAGAAGGCUCACUUAGAGCGAGAGAGUUCUUCACGAUUAGCUGCCUCUGCCCACAGCAUCGCAACAGCAAAUCACUGCAAUAUGAACGAAAAUAGCUUGGCAAUACCAAUAAAUAAAAAUGAGAAAAUGCUUCGGUCACCCGUCUCUCCCCUCUCUGAUGCAUCAAAACACAAAUACUCCAACGAUGAUUUAACUUCCUCCAGCAGACCUAAUGGCAGCAGUCUAUUACCUUCCAUCUCCUCCAGCAAAAAACAUAAGAGUGAAAUCCAGUCGCAGCCACAUCCUGAAGACUUCAAUAAAGCAGUUCACAUCAAUUCAGAAAAUGCUCUUCUCUGCAAUAAGCCACAGUCUCAAACAGAGCCUUGGUCACCUCUGUCCAGCACACCCAGGGACUGCAGAAGGACAAAGCUUACCUUUGAUGAUAUGCCACGCAAUGCAGAUUACUUUAUGCAGGAAGCUAAACGGAAGAAGCAUAAAGCAGAUGCAAUGGUGGAAAAGUUUGGAAAGGCACUGAAUUAUGCAGAAGCAGCACUAUCAUUUAUUGAGUGUGGAAAUGCAAUGGAACAAGGCCCAAUGGAAUCUAAAUCCCCUUAUACAAUGUAUUCAGAAACAGUUGAACUCAUCAGGUAUGCAGUAAGACUAAAAACCCACUCUGGCUCCAACGCCACGCCAGAAGACAAACAGCUGGCAGCAUUAUGUUACCGCUGCCUGGCCCUUCUGUACUGGAGGAUGUUCCGCCUCAAGAAAGACCAUGCAGUCAAGUAUUCGAAAGCGCUUAUUGAGUAUUUCAAGAAUUCAUCAAAAGCUGCCCAGAACCCAUCUCCUUGGGGUGCCAGUGGAAAGAGCACAGGAACACCAUCACCCAUGUCCCCUAGCCCUUCUCCAGUCAGCUCUGUAGGAUCCCAGGGGAGCACAGGGGCCCCUUCCCCAUCUCCUAUCGUCAGCAUACCACAGCGUAUUCAUCAGAUGGCUGCCAACCAUGUCAGCAUCACCAACAGCAUCCUGCACAGCUAUGACUACUGGGAGAUGGCUGACAACCUGGCCAAGGAAAACAGAGAUUUUUUUAACGACUUGGAUGCAUUGAUGGGACCUAUCACCUUGCACAGCAGUAUGGAGCAUUUAGUUCAGUACACUCAACAAGGACUUCACUGGGUGCGGAAUAGUGCUCACUUGUCAUAAUGACUGUGUGCCAUUCACAUGGACGGUAUACCUUUCAUGGAUAAUUCAGUUAUUCUGGACACUGUGCUACAGAUACAGUCAACCACAGCAUUGAUCCAAACAAAGGUGACUCUUUCUUCAAUACUGAGUAAAAUUUUUCUGGGUGUAGACAUGUAUGUGUACAUAUGUACAAUAUAUGAUGCCACUUCAGAAUGAAUUGUUCUGUAUUGCUCUCCAAACAUUUUCAUACACUAGAAAUACUAGAAAGAACUGAUCUUAAUGCACAAAGCAUACCCUUUCUAUUCUUGUAUUGAAAAACUCAGAUGCCAAAAUCUCAUGGGUUGAUUAAACCAAGUGCAAUAAGCACAGAUCCCUAUUCAGGAAAGCUGUCAAUAGAUUCCUAACUUUAAGCUUGCACUGAAAUCCCACUGACUUCAGCAGAGCUUAAGCACAUAAACAAGGGCUUUCCUGAACUGGAAUGAGUGAGGGCAAAUCAUAGACGUGGAGAAGUUAUCCUGCGAGCAUGGACACAUCACAGCAGCUUCAAUCUUAAUGUGUCAUUUCUCUGUUACUUCUCCACUGGGGCACACAGCGGAGUUGUGUAGCUUGCAUUAAGUUGGAGAAAGAUGGCAUUCUUUCAUGUGCAAUAAGUUUCAACAAAUUGCAUGCGUUUCUUUAUCUCCUGUCUUUUUAAAUAACUUUACCUCUUGUUCAGAUCCUCACCAACAGUAUAACCUACAGGAUCAAGCAAAAAGCCUGAAAACAGAUAUACUGACAGCUAAAGCUUUGAAGAGAUGGUGGAAAAUUGCAUUCUGUUACUGACAGUAAACAGAUAAAUGAAAAAAUAUGGCAAACUGCAAUCCACUUAGUAAAGAAAAUGUGUUAAUUUAGCUACAUACACUCAGAGAGACAGAGAGAUAUCUAUAACAGUUGUUGGCUUUGCCUGGGAAGGCUUCAUCCCACAGAUAUUUACUUUCAUACCUUUCUUCAUCUAGCAGAAGCUUGCAGCAUUUUCUUCCAGGCUGUAUGAGAGCAUUACAUGCUAUUUCCUUUAUCUGGGAAGCUGAGUUUGCUGCUUGUCAGGCUAAGAACUGUUUCCUAUCGUAAUCCUCUCACUCUUCAUGCAUAAUACUCAACUAGGCUUUAAUGUUUCUUGAUUUAUGGGAUGUUUUCAGUUCCUGUUGACAGGCUGUGUUUUUCAUGCCAGAAUUAAUCCCACAAUAAUUGGAGUUUAAUUUGGGUCAGCUGAGGUCAAGGCCAGUUCAUCUCAACUGUGCUUGCAUUCAGUACAUUUUUGUUCAUUUUCAGUCGUUUUCACAGAUUUAGUUUUCUGUACUUUAAAAAAUAAAUUCUGUACAUUUAAAAAAUAUAUAUUUUUUUUGCAAUUGGAUUUGCAGCCUUUACUCAGUUGAGCAGCUCUGGUGACUUUCAACGAUCUGUUCUUGUCCAAGUCACUGGUUGGACCCUUUGGUUGUUGUUUCCUAAUCUAAUUUACUUACAUAUUAAGGAAAUGUGAGUACAAAAGACUCUCUCAAUAGAAGAUACAAUUGAUUGCUGGUUGAGCGGUCUUUGCUGCCUUUUUUUUUCCUCCCCCAUUUUUGAAGAGCUGCAUUUUGAGAAAAAAAAGUACCAAGCCCUGCAGCACGUUUUCUGAGCUAAACGUCUUUGGUAACAGGCUGGCUGUACCUCGUGGUAAAGAGCAGGCUUGAGAGCACAUUGAGCCCCAUGUACCAUAACUCCAGCUACUGCUCAGACUCGGAGCACUCACCCCAUUCUUUGAGGCAGCUCAGCAGCUAGCUACUAGGAAUUGCUCUGCCCCAAGCCAGGCUGGGCUGAUAUUUAUGUGUCCACUGGUGCUCAGAUACUUCCCCCUAACUGAAGUACUGAGCUCAGGCUGUGGCCACCUCUUAGCACAGAUUUGAGUGUUACACUGUCUGGCUUUAAGAGUGAACACGGACCUGCCUUUAAAUAACAAAACAAACAUCCCCCAAGUCCUGUCACUCUGAACUCUGGCUGUUACCCACCCCAAAAAGAACACAAUCCGUUUGGUCACAACUAUCAUGGAGAACUUGAUCGGUGCCUUUCAGUUUAUCACUUGCCUGAUCUCCAGCUGUGGAAGUCUGUAGAGACUUACUACACUAGCAGCAACAAAUUCCAUCAGCUGCUUCGAUACCAUAUGAAGGUACUUUGGGAUUUCUCCUCAGAUCAGGAAAGUGAAAUUCCAGUUAGAUUAACUUCUGUUUUCUUUGACGGUGCCUAUGAUGUUUAUCUUCAGAUAAGUCUGGGGGGUUGGGAGCCCUUACUGCUAUUUAAUGUUGAGAAAUUUUAGAAGUGACAUAUAUUACUUGCCUUAAAUGGAGUUUAGUUUUAUUGCACAUGUGGCAUUUGAGUUGCAAAUAUGGAACUUUGAAGCAUGUUUAUUUUACUAAGAUUGGGAUAUUUUUCUUAAAACGCAAUGAACUCUUUGUAUGGAUGCAAUAUGUCAAGAAACUUCAGAGAAAUGCAAGAAUUAAUGCUGUCCUGUUGUAACAUUUCCAAGUACUAAGGAUCUCUUGUAGAUGACUGUUUUUUCUUGUACAUUGCUCUUACAUUGAAUUAUUCCAGUUAAAAUGUCCAUCGCUUCCAUGGAAAAACACACUGGGUUUCAGUUUUUGUGCUGGCAUCAUCUGUGUUGUCUGAUGAGCACACUGAGCCUUAACUUCUGGUGGUAUAUAUAACAGGAUGAAAUAGCAGCCAUUUAAACCAACUAGACAUAUAAAUGGAUUAGAAGUUCUGGCUUCCUCUCCAUAGGGUUUCCUGCAGCUAUACUAUUUUGGUGAGGUUAUUUAGAAUACUCUUUUGUGCAGACUACUUUCUGUAUAUGGUUGCUGCCAUUUGUAUGACUGAAUGUAGCAUGGUGACAUGGAAUACUUAAUUUCAUCUUUUUACGGCCUGGUCUAGAGAAGUGCAUGUGGCUUUUAGGUCUGGUCCAGUUAAGCAUAUGCUCUGUCUUAAGAAGAUGAAUAGUCUUAGGCACUUCAACACGAGUCAAAAGUGUUCUGUGUGUCCUGGAUGUGACCAGAGGUGACUGUCGUCCUCUGGAGUUCCAUGAAAGACAAUGGCUCAUUCAAAUCUGUUGUAGAAGUCCAGGACCAUGCAGGCUCCUUUACACCAUAGCAAUGUUCAGGUUCAUUCUGGGAAAGUAAGAAGUCAUUCUGUACAAAUCCAAAAGGACUAUGCCUAAAGGGAGAGGUUUGCUUACAAACAGAAGCAAACAGAAGUGCUGGUAAAGCAAUGGGAAUGGAUUCAAAGGAACCAUGUAUUGCAAGUGGAUGCAACAAAUACAGGGCAGCCUAUAGCAUCCUCACAGACAGCAAGACCAUACCGACCCCUUGGCCCUAAUCAUUUAUAGUAUACCAUGAUUGACAGGUAAGAACAAAGCAUAUGUAGAGGUUCAAGUGCAAACAAAAGCCAAGCAUAGAACUCCCUGUCACAUGGCAGGAUACACCCACCCCUUGUAUGCCUAUUUCUUUUAUCCAAAUAUCACAGGGCUCCAAAGGAAGAUUAUAGUGAACAGAUGACUUUAGGUAAAGGAGAUUAAGAAGAUCAAGCCCUAAGUGUAGAUACAAACACAUAUGUAUAUACUGUAAAUCUAAAUAGUGAUAAAAGUCACUCAGCAUGAAGGAUAUUACUAGUGCCUACCACUGAUCAUCAAGUACUCAUCACUGAGGAGCCAUAUCACCUCAGUAGCUGUUAUUGAAAUAAUUUGUGUGGCUAAUUAAUUUAUAAGAAAUGCACCUUUGUGACUGUGCCACAGUAUCUCUUUUGUAAUACAAAUAUUCAACCAUUUUUCAUGGCUACUGAUUCAAAUCUGCAUCCCUGAAAUGUCAGGAUAUCUUUUUUUCCCUAGGUGAGGACAUAUUUACUUAGACCUGGCUAAUCUCUGCUUAGUUUAUCUACCCAAGAGAUUUUAGUAGUCACCAGCCUUAAUGCAUGUACAGUAUAUUCUAUUCACUGACUUAGUUGUAGGUUUUAAUCCAAAUGAAAUUGGAAUUUGUGAAAUUACUUGCAUUAAUGGCAUCUGCCUCAGAUACCCUGCAGAUGUGACAUUAAAUGAUUCAUGAUUUUAAGCAGGAAAGGUUGAAUUUUAUGUAAAUAACAGUAGAUCAAUCCCUUGAUCUUUUUACAAGAAGAUUUUUU